CUUCUCCUGCCAGCCAAAGCCCAAAUUCCCUCCUCGGCCAGGAUGGGGAUAGGGAGGGGAUCCCACAGGCCCUGCUAAGCCCCUGAAAAUACACACUAGGAAACCUGAGACUCCCACCUGGCCCUGGCCAGGACCAGCCUGCCAGCUUUCCUCUUCUGAGCUCUUAAAAUAAUCCCUGUCUCCCUGAAGUGCCAAAAGUGUUUGUAGAGCCUGACUCCAAGAGCUGCUGAAGGCAAUGGGAAGGAAAGGGGUGAAGGCACAGCAGACAUAUGGCCACCCUGCAGCUCUUGAGCUCUAUAGAAAAGAGUAAAGGGCUGAAGAUAACACCACCUGUGUCCCACUGCUUGGUGUCCCACUGCCUCCAUCCCCUCGUGCCAGGAUCUGCCAUGCUCCAGGGCCAUGGAGGAGCAGGUGCAGCGAGAGAUGCCGUCAGCCCAGGGCACAGGUCAGUCCUUGGGCGUGAGGCUCGAGAUGAGAUCAUGCCAGCUCUUCCCAGGCUAGAGGAGGCCACUGGGACCUGUCAGGCUGUCCUCAGCUGCUUCUUCAGUCUAAGAGCAUUUAGAGAUGUCACUAAUACCUCUUGGCGAUGGUUUUCCACAGGAGGUCACCACCCCAUGCAGGAAGGAGAGGUGCUCAACGCGCGGUACCAGGUGCUGCACAAGCUGGGAUGCGGCACCUUUGCCACUGUCUGGCUGUGCCAGGACAUGAGGAGGAAGAAACAGGUAGCUGUGAAGGUUCUGAAAAGCAGGGAAGGCUUUGCUGAGACUGCCCAGGACGAGGUUGCUUUCCUUCGCUGUGUAAGCUGCAUGAAGAAGAAGGACGUGGCAGGAGAAAACAUUGUCUGUUUGUUAGAUGACUUCAGAAUGAUUGGAGAGAAUGGUUUCCAUGCCUGCCUGGUAUUUGAGGUGCUGGGUCCUUCCAUCCGAUGUCUGAUGGGAAACUACACGGCCCAGGGACUGCCCUUGCCUUUUGUGAAGAAGUCUUUACAGCAGGUGCUGGCAGGGCUGCACUUCCUGCACAAGUGCUGCCGCAUCAUCCACGCAGACAUCAAACCGGAGAACAUCCUGCUGUGUGGAUGUAGCAAAAGGCUCCAAAGGCUCCUCAUGGAUACACUCGACUGCGACCAGGGAACAGAAGCCAGGCUAAAGGGAGCAGGAGGUGAUCUUGGCAACCAGUUGGAAGAGUCUGAUGUAAUGAGCAUAGAGGUGAAAAUUGCAGAUCUAGGAAGCGCAUGCUGGACAUACAAGCCUUUUUCCAAGGAGAUCCAGACCCAGCCGUACCGUGCCCUGGAAGUGCUUCUUGGAUUAGACUACGGCACUCCUGCGGAUAUCUGGAGUACAGCCUGCCUGGCUUUUGAAAUGGCAACUGGGGACCGUCUAUUUGAUCCUCAACCUGGGAAAUACUUCUCCAGAGAUGAUGAUCAUGUCGCUCGUAUUAUUGAAGUCUUGGGAAGAAUUCCUCCUGAAAUUGUUUUCUCAUGGAACAAGUCAACAAAAUUUUUCAGCAGGCCAGGCGCGCUCCUGCGGCUCUCCCGCCUCUUCCCCCGUAGCCUCCCCGGCAUCCUGGCGGACCGGCACGGCUGGACACCGCGGGAGGCGGCCGCCUUCGCCGCCUUCCUGCUGCCCGCGCUGCACUACGAGCCCGAGCGCCGCGCCAGCGCCGCGCAGAGCCUGCGGCACGCCUGGAUCGCCGCACCGUGA